ACUUUAACUACCUAACUAACUAACCUAACCUAACCUACAUGUAGUAGCCUGCACGUCCUUUCUUUCAAGUUAUCAUUUCAGGUUCAAGGUUCCCUCUUCAAAUCUUCUUCUCAGCUACAACUUUUAAAUGUCUACAACACCUACGACGCUUCACUUCAAAGUCAUUCGUCUCUAAUCAACGACCAAUUUGAGCAGCGAAAAUGGCAACCGCAAAUGACCCUUUGGAUGAGAUCCAAUGGCGCCACAAACCCUUGCUACAAUCAAUGGGUGGACUACAUUCAAAUACGGUGCUUUUCUACUUCGCAGAAUCACCCUUCUUCGAUCGCACCUCGAACAACUCGUUCGUCUACAACCAAGCUAGAUUCAAUGAGAACAUGUUGUACCUAAUCAUGAACCGUGAGAAUUUCGAGGGUCGCCUACGAGAGAUGUCCGGCUUGGAAUACAUCGUCGCUCAAGAGCCCGCGGAGAUGGGUCCUGGUAUGGGCACCGGUGUCUGGGUCAUCCACAAGCAGACGCGUCGCAAGCGAGACCCUGAGGAUGAGAUUACCGUUCAUGCGGCAUACUAUAUUGUUGGGGAGAAUAUAUACAUGGCACCUACGCUAGCUGAUAUUUUGAGUCACAAUAUGAUUUUCAUUGCCUCAUCACUACGCAAGUGCUUCUCCAUUGCAGACGAUGCGCGAACUUGGUCGCCCGCUCUCGGUCACGGCUACAAAAUUACACCAAGUACCAAUAACGCCAAAAUUCAAGGGCUAGAAUCGAAGGGUACAACACCAAUGCCCGAAGUCCCAGGAAGCAAAUCCAGUCCCGAACAGAAGAAGUCCAUUCGGUCUGCCCCCGACUCCAGCUUGGCAGAACACUCGUUCUUUAUCCAUAUGCAGUAUGGCGGCGAGUACAUGGACGAGAAUCCUAUCACCGGCAAGCCCGGCGAAUUCCACCUCAGCUCAACUGGACGGAAAGAAAAAUUACAGCCGCCAAGCCUACCAAAUCUCAACACAACUUUUAAAACCUCUACAGCCACUGAACCAGAUAAGAAGGAUACAAAGGGCGACAAGACGCCGAAGACCCCCACGGGACAGUCAAAACUUAAGCGGAAGAGAAGCAAGGCGGGUACGACGCCCACUGCUGCAUAGACAGAGAACUAAAGCAAUGAAUGGAUGAUAAAAUGUAAGAUGUCCCGUAAGGUAGAGGCGGUUUUCCUUUACAGUGAUAGGCGUUAAGGAACUGGAAAAUCACGGAUUGAUACCCAGAAUGCCUUAACCUUUUUGUACUUGGAGGUACGUAGGUAGGCAGGUUUGCUACAAAAUAGGGGAUACAAA